AUGGCUGCAGCAGCUGCGGCAGCGCCCCAAAAAGAGCUCAUCCGAGCUCAGAAUGGCGUCUACGAGGUCACAAAACCGUUAGCCACCGGAACGUUCGGAUCGAUUUAUAAGGCGAAACGAGAGAGCGACGGGAAGUUGUUCGCCGUCAAGUGCGAAUCGUUGAAUAUGAAGAGUUCGCUACUCCGCCAAAUGUCGGUGGUGCUCGCGUCGAUUCACUACCCAUCACCGUUCUUCGCGACCAUCGAGGAGCGUGGUACCGUACCUCAACGCUUCCUGUUCGUCGUCAUGCCAUUGUACGGCGACAAUCUAUUCGACCUGAUGCACAACGUGAACAAGGAUCGCAAGUUCAGCAUCGCCACCGGACUCCAUUUGGCCGAACAGACGCUGACGGCGAUUCGCGACCUCCACCGCAAUGGCUUCAUUCAUCGCGACAUUAAACCGUCGCAUUUUUGUAUCGGACGCGAGACCGAGGAUCAGUAUCAUCAUGUGUUUCUGUUGGAUUUCGGGCUGUGUAAGAGACCGAGUGCAAAUUUCGGGUCCAUUUACCCCUAA